GUGUUCCCAUUCCCAGAGGUUUAAGAUGUCCCAUUGUUCCCAGUUUCAGGGACAGAAGGGAAGGUGGAGAAGAAGAUCACGGAAGACGCAGUUCGAGGAGUCUUCAGAGGAGGAUACAGUGAAGAGGAGCAAGUCAGAGGAGGGGUAGACACCACUGCAAGAGGUGACGGGAAACAUGUGGCUUCCAUUCCUGUGGCAGAUCAGUUUAUUUGCGAUGGUGGAAUACUGCAGUGCAGCUGUUGACCCGAAACAAUGUGAGGCCGUGGGCAUCAAGUGCCAUCCUCAGGCCGAUUGUCUGAAGGUGCAGAACAACUUCACAUGUGCAUGCCCGGAUGGCUUUGAGGGCGGUGGCAUAGUCUGCAGUGACGUCGACGAAUGCACCAUCGGCAUGCACACCUGUCACUCGAAGGCGCGUUGCACCAACAGCCCGGGCAGCUACAGCUGCUCCUGCAUGGCUGGAUACAGUGGAAAUGGCACCACCUGCCAGGACAUUGAUGAGUGCCGAACUGGUAACGGGGGCUGCCACACUUACGCCUCCUGCACCAAUACCGACGGCUCGCGUCAGUGCCAGUGUAAAUCUGGCUUCACUGGCAACGGCUUUGACUGCGCGGAUGUCAACGAAUGCACUAACCAAAAGCUCUGCCACUGGAACGCCACCUGCACCAACAACCCUGGCUCCUAUGUAUGCACCUGUAAUGCAGGAUAUAAGGGUAAUGGGAACUAUCUGUGCCUUGACGUGGAUGAAUGUUCAGACACCCCCUACGUUUGUUCCUCCUCCUUUGGCUUUAACGGCUGUAAGAACCUGCCGGGCACGUACAAGUGCACGUGCAACAGUGGCUACGAAAGCAACAGCAUGUCCUGUGUAGAUAUUGACGAAUGUGCGAGCAACAUCUGCAGUCAAUACGCAGACUGUGUAAACACCCCAGGAUCUUAUAGGUGCACCUGCAGAGACGGCUUUGUGGGAAAUGGACACACGUGCGCAGACGUAAACGAAUGUACGGAGAAGAAGCCGUGUGACCCGAGGGCCAUUUGCAUCAACAGGUUGGGAACAUAUGUGUGCUCCUGCAACAGCGGCUUCGCAGGAGACGGUCUACGGUGCGAAGACAUCAAUGAGUGUACAACACCCGGCAUCUGCCCCUCCAACACUACCUGCGUUAACAAUCCUGGCUCCUAUUUCUGUGACUGUGGCAUCGGCUUCAUACUGAAUAUCUCCAAGUGCCAGGAUGUGGACGAGUGCGCGGCGGGCCCCUGCAGCACCUACGCCAGCUGCAAGAAUUCCCCCGGCUCCUUCUCUUGCCAGUGCUCGGCAGGCUUCAAGGGGGAUGGCUUCGCUUGCGUGGAUGUGGACGAAUGCUCGCAGCCCAAGCAGUGCCACACCAAUGCCCUUUGCAUUAAUCUUCCUGGAUCCUACAACUGCACCUGUCGUGGGGGUUAUUCCGGCGACGGGGUGCUGCAUUGCCAAGACGUGAACGAGUGUCUUGUGGACAAUGGAGGAUGCAGAAACAAGGCCACUUGCUUGAACAACCAGGGCUCUUUUUCUUGCCAGUGCCAGCCAGGGUUCAACUUGGUUAACCAGACGCUUUGCCAGGAUGUAAAUGAAUGUCAGGAACUGAAGAGCCCAUGUGGAGUGAGCGAAGAGUGCCGGAACACCGAUGGGGCAUUCGAGUGCUACUGCCAAGUCGGCUUCUACCGGCCCGCCAGCAACAUGGGAUGUGUUGAUAUAGACGAAUGUAAGGCCAAGUCCUGCCACAUGAACGCCACAUGUCUGAACUCUAUCGGGUCCUACACUUGCAGCUGUAAGCGAGGUUUCAAAGGCAACGGCACGUACUGUGAAGACACAGACGAGUGUUUGGAGGCGAGCACCUGCCAUGCACGGGCUCUGUGCACCAACACCAUGGGCGGCUUUCAGUGCUCAUGCGAACAGGGUUUUAAAGGCGACGGCUUCUCGUGCCAGGAUGUGGACGAGUGCACCCUCCCUGAUCCUGUGUGCCCCACCUUCUCCACAUGCAUUAACUCCCCCGGCGCUCACGUGUGCUCGUGUUUGAACGGAUCAGUUGCCUUCAAUGACACCUGCGCGGCGCCCAGUCCGUUGUGUAAUCCCGCCUGUGAUGAGGCGGGCCUGUGCCACCGGUCACCCAGGGGGUACCAAUGUGUUUGUGACCUGGGCUACGUGGGCGACGGGUUGGCGUGUUUUGACAUUGACGAGUGUGAGAGUGAAAACGUUUGUCCUGUGAAUGAAAUGCGGUGUGAGAAUAUUCCAGGAUCGUUUUCCUGCGUCUGCAGACAAGGCUACGUUCUCAAUGAAACAAAGUGUGCUGACGUGGACGAAUGUGAGACAGGGCAGCAGGAGUGCAGCCUGUUUGCUCACUGCAUCAACACAGUGGGCAGCUACUUCUGCUUCUGUCUGAGCGGCUUCACAGGUGAUGGGAAGAACUGCUCUGACUUUGAUGAGUGCCAGGUCCAAAAUGGAGGAUGCCAUCCAGUUGCCCUGUGUGCUAACACGCCGGGAUCUUUCCACUGUUCCUGUCCACUGGGCACGGAGGGCAAUGGCUUCGACUGCCAGGAUGUGGACGAAUGCGAGGACAACUCCUCCCUGCCACACAACUGCAGCAUCCAGGCACUGUGCCACAACGCACAGGGGUCCUAUGUGUGCCAGUGCCAGGACGGCUACCGGGGGGAUGGCUUUGUCUGUGAGGAUGUGGACGAAUGUGAGGUGACUUCAACCUGUGGCAGAAACAUGACGUGCCUCAACACCGCUGGUUCCUACGCCUGUUCGUGCAUAUUGGGGCUGGUGUACGAACAGGGCACAUGCGUGAGUGAAGGUUCCUGUUUGAAUGUUAGCAGUGUGUGCGAACCCUUCGCCGAGUGUCACCCCCACCGUGGCUCCUUCUACUGCCGCUGCAAGGAAGGGUACGAAAUGAAUGGCAACGACUGCCGCGAUGUGGACGAAUGUGAGUGGUCGGGAGAUGAAGCCUGCCCUGCCUCCUCCUACUGCCUCAACACCAAUGGCUCCUAUGCGUGUCACUGCUGGGAAGGGUUUCAAGACAAUGGGACUCACUGUGAGGAUGUGGAUGAAUGCGUUAUAGGGAACUUCAGCUGUCCGGACAACAGCGCCUGUUCUAACCUAGAGGGAAGCUACGUGUGUAUCUGUAACCCCGGCUUCUCAGAAAAUGGAUCCCUGUGUCUGGACAUCAACGAGUGCUUCCUGAACCCCGCCCAGUGCCCUAACUCCUCCACGUGCCUCAAUACUUUUGGAUCCUUUGACUGUGAGUGUUGGGAAGGUUACCAAGGCAACGACACCCACUGUGAGGACAUGGACGAGUGCUUAGACAAUUCCUCCUGCCCCGAACACAGCACUUGCCUCAACACUGUUGGGAGCUACUUAUGUCCUUGCGUGUCCGGGUUUACUAUUUUAGCUGGCUUGUGCGUGGACAUCGAUGAAUGCAGCGACGUGAUGCUGGCACCACUUUGCACCCAUGGGACGUGUAUGAACACCAAUGGGUCAUAUCACUGUGAAUGCUUUGAAGGAUUCUGGAGUAGAACAGAGACGGAGUGUGUGGAUGUAGACGAAUGCUUGGACUCCUUAAACUCUUCCGUGUGCCAGCCCUACUCUAGUUGCGUCAAUACACCUGGGUCUUACAAUUGCACCUGCCAUGAGGGGUUUAUUAUAAACGGCACAAGUUGUGAGGAUAUUGACGAGUGUCACAGUCCAGGUGGAAGCCAAUGUCCUGAGCACUCAUUCUGUAACAACACAGUAGGCUCCUUCACCUGCAAAUGCUUUCCCGGCUACGCCCCUGUCGACCUGGGCUGUGUGGAUAUCGAUGAAUGUAUGGACAGAGCCCCCUGCCGCUUGGACCAGGUGUGCACCAACUUGCCCGGGGCCUACAACUGCUCGUGCCCGCUGGGGUACCAGGAAGAUCAACUGGAAUGUGUUGACACCGAUGAAUGUGGGAGUUUGCCGUGCCACCCCUUGGCACGGUGCUGGAACAGCCGUGGGUCCUUUUCCUGCCACUGCCCCAUGGGCUUUUCUGGAAAUGGUUCUUGGUGUGAAGAUGUGAAUGAGUGCGCUGUUCUGACGGCGCCAUGCCAUCCUAGCGCUCGCUGCCUCAACACCCCCGGGUCAUUCAUCUGCACGUGCCUGCCCGGCUUCACAAUCAUCGGGCCAUUGUGCAUAGACUUGAAUGAGUGCCACCAAGCUAGUGCACGUUGCCACCCUGCUUCCACCUGCUCCAAUCAAGUGGGAGGUUUCAAAUGCUUGUGCGGUAGCGGCUGGGAAGCCACCAAAGAAAAUGGCAGAGGGGGAGGAGGAUGCGUUGACCGGGAUGAGUGUCUGUCCUCCACAGCCUGCCCCAGCCAAUUGUCCUGCACUAACUUACCGGGGACUUACGCUUGUUCCUGCCACGAAAACAACACAAUGUGCAGAACAGUGGCUCGAAAGGAGAGCUCCCUUUUUCCCUACGGGGCAGAGCCUGGUGAUGCAGAGAUAAAAAUGUCGUCAGCAGAUGGAAACUCACCGUAUAUCACUCCAUCAAUGGGUUUCCCAUUUCUGGGAAAAUUGUACGACAGAAUUUAUUUUUCCGACAAUGGCCUUGUUCAGUUUCAGUUUGCUGCUGAGAAUGAGCAGUACCUGUUCCCUGCUCCUUUAGACACUGGCUUCCCUAAGAACAUGAGUGUGUCUCUGCUGGCAGUGUUCUGGGAUGAUGCUAAUCUCACCACUGGGAAUGGACGGUUGUUCUACAAGGAAUACUAUAAACAGGAUGUGUUGGAUCUGUACUCCCAGAUAGUGUUUAAUCGUACAGCGGAUGAAGUUACAAAGUUUGAAGUACAGAGAGGCAAGCCUGCAUUCACCCCUGCAUGGAUCCUUAAAAUUACCUGGGAUCAUGUGAUGCCUGUCUUCUUCCAGAAUGUCAACAUCUUAGAGACUAACACUUUCCAGUGUAUCCUGGCCACAGAUGGAACUCGAUCGUUUGCGCUCCUGCGAUAUGCUGAGAUGAGCUGGAAUCGAGGCCAGAGGCUGUAUUAUGAUGCUCUCAUUGGCUACACGGAUGGAAAUUUCUCCUUCAGCGAGCGACCUGUCCCCAAUGAUAACCUGUUCGGCCCUGGGGGCAGAUACAGACCCCAGCAAAUGAAUGGGACUUUGGGGAAAUUAGGCCAAAUCGUGUAUGACUUGGCAAAACUAGAGGGGUCAGGUUUGGAUGCCCGCAUUAGGUGCCGCUUAUGGGCAAUAAAGGAGCCUGACCCCACUGACUGGACAAAAGUGCUUCCCACAUGCCCCUGUACCCGCACCCAGGUUCUAGAAGACCUGUCAUUCUCACAGGACACCAGUGAUCCUGGUUCAAGAGUGAAGACAUUAAGGGGUCAGCGGUGGGGGGGUGCAGGGGGCCACAUCUACCAGUCAGUCCUGUCUAACAGAUAUGGUUCGGGAAAGAGGUGUGUGUAUGAUCCAGAAGGUCCCCUGCUGGCAGGGUACAGCGAACGCUACUUCUCUGGGGGCAACCUACAGAAGCAUAUUGAUGAGGAUCUCCUGCCAUUCCAGUGGUGCUGCAUGGAGUCCCCUCAGUGCCGCCUGUACCUCAACAAGAGGCCACUGGAUCGUUGCCAAGGUUACAGCUGGGGAAGCUCUAGCGGCUACACCCCAGCCAAAACAACACAUGGCAUAGCAAUGGUUUACGGAAGCAUCCAUUUCAUCACCUUCGAUGGUGCAGAGUACUCUUUCAAAGCCCUGGGAGAAUUUGUGAUAUUGCGGAUCUCCUCCACCACUGGCUCGAACAUCUUCACCCUGCAAGGACAGACCGACAAUUUACUCACAGAGGGAAAGGGGAUCACUGAAGUCCCAGUGGUGGUGCGCAUGGCUGCCUUCCACCAGGCCAUCGGCAAGAUUGAAUGGAGAUGUUCAGAGAAAGGGGACAGGCUCCAGAUGUUUGUGGAUGAUGUUGAGGUCCCUGUCAACAUUGGUACCAUUUAUGCAGAUGAGAUGGACUUUGCCGUGCGCUGUACAUUGCUGAAUCGCUGUGUGGCGGUGUAUGCCGGGGGCCUACAUGUGGUGGUAUGGAGGGUUGUGGGCUUUAAUCAGCUGGCAGCCAUUGUUGAGGUUCCCCAGGCUUUCUACAACCGCACCGUGGGCCUCAUGGGUCUUUGGAGCUCCAACCGCUCCGAUGACUUCCUCAUGUCUAAUGGCAAAAUCCUUCCCUUAGUGGAGCGCAACCUGCUGGAGGAAGGGCUACAGUCUUUUGGCCUGUCUUGGGCAGUCCCAGUCCCAGAAAGCUUGUUCCUCCCCCAAACUCCACUGCUUUCACUGAAAUACAACUCCUCUCAACAACUGCUGGACAGCAUCAGUCCUGCUCAAGCGGACAAAUUGCAGAAAACCUGUCAAGGCAGCAUCCAGUGCAUGUGUGAUACAGUGGCAUCCGGCAGCUCUGAACUAGGCCUGCGGACUCUCGAAGCCAGGACACAGUACCAAAAUCUGGCCUUGAUUUAUGGUAACAUGCCUCCCAUAGUGACAGACCCAAUGGAGAUCAGGUGUAAAGUGAACUUUACAAUGGUUGUUACGAUGAAAGCUCAGGAUCCUAAUGGAGACGCCAUCACGUACUCGCUGUUAUAUCCCAGGCCUCCACGGGCUUCCAUUGGCAGUGCCAAUGGCUCCCUGACGUGGACUCCCCUCAGCACCCAACCCAUCCUGUUGACCGUUAAGGUCAGUGACGAGCUCAGCGGUUCCUUGUUCACCCCCAUCCUGCAGGUCUGCAGCUGCCUUAAUGGAGGGACCUGUCAGUAUGACAGCAUCGUUGAAAACCACCAGCAGGGAAGGUUCCAGGUUGUGGGCUGCCUGUGCCCUAAAGGGUUCAGCGGGGUGUUCUGUGGGAACGUUACAGAUGCGUGCCUGGGGAAGCCUUGUUUUCGAGGGGUGAAGUGCCAGGGAGCCGCGGACCCCGACCAGUUCAUCUGUGGAGAGUGUCCCAAUAAUACUUUCUCUGAAGGCAAACAGGGAUACAAGUGCUUUGAGGAGGACUUGUGCAGCCCUCCCUUCCCCUUCCCCUGCCACAAAGACGCCACCUGCCAAAGCGUGAAGAGGACCUACAAUUGCACAUGCAAACCUGGGUUUACUGGCGAUGGGCGCAACUGCACAGAUGUAGAUGAGUGUGAAACGCUCCAAUUCUGUCCCAAUGCCAAGUUUGAGUGCAAGAACAGUCCUGGCUCUUUCACCUGCCUCUGUAGAUACCAGAGUCCAGGCUCCAGCUCCACUGGAUGUGGCGAAUCUGUCAACUCUCCAGGGUCUAAUGUGUUCAAUGCGUCUGUGAUGUGGAAGAAAAGCAGUUCUGAUGCACUCAGUCUGCUUGAGAACAUUUUGUCAAAGGGUUUCGGGAACAAAUUCUACAGUAUCAGUAAGAUUGAUCCUGGUGCGGGAUCUACAACAGGUUUGGAUGAAUAUCGUAUAAAUGUGUCCAGCGACACACCUCACUGGUAUAUCAGCGAUUACCUGGCCAGAAUCAGCAGUCAUUACGACAUCAGCUACAUUAAAAUUGACGAUCUGGAUGAGUGCAAGGCCAGCGAGCGUGUGUGUGUGCAGCCGGCCCUCUGCUACAACACGUACGGAGGCUACAGGUGCGUUUGCAACGGCACAGAAGUGUACGCGAACCAGUCCUGCAUUCUAGACAAAGACAAGGCGACUGUUCCCACAACGGACCUCAUCAGGGGCUUGGUUCUGGGCAUCGGCAUCCCCCUGCUCCUGCUGCUCCUGCUGGCAGCGCUGGCCUGCCUCUGCUGCUGCAGGAAGACAGUUACUGGAGAGCUCCCGCACUUGUUGCCGGAUUACAUUCAGGAGGCGUACAACCCUCCGCCCUUCAACUACUCAGACCCUGCCCUGCACUACAUACCCCACUGCAGCCCUCGGAUCCUGGACAACAUCACACCCAAGCAACGGCACAGAUAACAGAUCCUGAGACCACAGACAUACUGUACAAACACAUAUAUAGAUAUUUACAAAGACAAUUUAUGCCCUUUUGGACUGUAUACUUUGUUUUAUAAUGACCGGCUCCUAUUUAUAAUCUAAGAAACAAGUAAUUUAACCUGAGUGACUUUUACGGUCAAUUAUUUCCAAUCCUCUGAGCUGAACGAUGGACCUGCCAAGAGAGAUCCGUCCUCCUCCUCAUAUGGAAGCCUUGACAACAGUUUACAGUCAGAGUCUGAGUCUGCAGAAUUUGACAACCUCUUGGCUGGAGACACUGAUGAAAAGUAAACCACUGCAGUGGUCUUUGGAUUCCAGCUGAUUCAAAGCCAACAGCCUCCUUGAUAGCAGCAUUAGCAUUUGUCAGAAUACCUGGUGACAGGCUCUCAGUCCUCUGCUUACACAUUUCUGAAGGCUAAUCUAAAAUGUACUGUUUUGCAUCUAUUAUUAUUUUGUAACCACACCAGCACUCACUGUGGAAUUAUACUUUGAAUUAGUAUUCAUUACUGGAAUGUAAUACAUUUUCUGUAUUCUAGCACUGCAGACUUUUUUUUUAUCUGGCAGUUGUCCUUUGUAAAGCAGAGCUGUUAAACAACCUGUAAAUAAAAUACAGUUCAAAAAAAUCUGCAA